CUAAGCACAGACGUGUGCAUGGGUGUACGUGUGGGUUGAAGUUGAUCGGUUGAUGUUUUUGUUUGGAGAAGGAAAGUCGCUUUCUCUGUCUGUCCCUUUGUAUGCUUAAAUCUUUGAAACUACGCAACGGAUUUUUUAAAAAUUGCGGACGUAGCGUUUUCGGCGGUACCGGCCGGCCGCGGUUUUCUCUGUAGCACUUUGAAUUUCGCAGCGAUCGGGCACGUUUAUUAUAUCGGAGCUCUCCAGCGAGGAAAAUAGCAAUACUUAGCAGACUGUUGAGGCAGCAAGAUGAUAAACUUGUUAAUUUAUGGUGGAGUCGCCAUCGUCGUGCUUUGCAUCCUCUUCAUUUCACUAACUUCGAUAGUAACUGGCAAAUCUGUGGAUCAUGUCGUCGCCGAAAUCAAAAGUCACAUUGUUUAUAAUCUCAUCGGCGCAGAAGGAGUUAUGGAUGAUAUGUUAUUGAGAAAAAGGAAUAAAAUCGAGCCAGUCAUAAAAUCCGGUAAAAUCGUCGUAAUAACAGGUGGAACGAGAGGAAUUGGCUACGAAGUGAUUAAAUUGCUGAUGCAAUGCGAUAUGCAAGUAAUAAUGGGCUGUAGAAAGGUCCCCGAAGGUGAAAAAGUCGGCACGCAUAUUCGCGCUGAUGGUGUGAGUACCGGCGAGUUGAAAGUGUUUGCACUGGACACCAGCAACAAUGCCAGCGUGCGUGAAUUCGCGGCGAUUGUGACACAAAAUUGCCCACACAUUAACUACCUGAUUAACAAUGCUGGUAUAAUGUUUGCACCUUAUAAGGAAAGUCCUGAUGGAUACGAAUCACAGUUUGCAACGAAUUACUUAGGUCAUUUCCUGUUGACGCAUUUAUUAUUGCCGUUACUGAAACGUGGAGGGACUGCAGAAGAACAUGCACGUAUUGUCAACGUCUCCUCCUGUGUUUACACCUAUGGAAAGUAUAAUUUCCAGGAUAUAAACAACAAAAAACAAUACGUGUCAUUCGACGCAUACGCCACUUCUAAAUUAGCGCAGGUUCAUUUCACAACCUACCUCAACAGAUUGCUACUCGCUGAUGGAAUAAAUGUGCAAGUCCAUGCGGUUCAUCCGGGCGUCGUAAACACCGACUUGUUCGAAAACUCCUUCGUUAAGCAGUACGCCGAAUGGUUCAUGAAGUUAAUGUUUAAGACAGCCAUCGAGGGGGCUUAUCCAAUUGUGUAUGCAACGAUUUCACCGAAGUUGGAAGGUGAUGGAGGUACUUACAUCUCAAAUUGUCGAAUUCAAGAACUUUCUUCAAGCGUAAGGAAUCCACAAAGAGAGGAAAAGUUGUUUAACUUUACGAAAGACAUUUUAAAUAUCCAAGAUUUCGGUAAAGAUGUUUAAUAUUUUGCUGACUAGAGGAAAACACAAAUUAACUGAAUCAAUUGGUUAGUGUAUCAUUUUUAUUUUGAAUGAUGCAUACAAUUUCGUAUUUUCAUUAAAAAAGUCUAUGAAAUACA